CAGAUGACCCAGGAGCAGUACAUCCUUGCGGCGCAGCCCAACCCACUCCACCAGCGGGGGGCAUCGGUUUGUGGUGCCCAGGUUUACCCAGCAGUGGGAAUCUACGGCUGGAGGAAGAGAUGCUUGUACUUCUUCAUCCUACUCCUCCUCGUCACCAUGAUCGUCAACCUGGCACUGACCAUCUGGAUCCUCAAAGUCAUGAACUUCACUCCGGAUGGCAUGGGAAAUCUGCGGGUGACCAAAGAAGGUGUCAGAUUGGAGGGAGUGUCCGAAUUCCUAUUGCCUUUAUACGUCAAAGAGAUCGAGUCUCGUAGGGACAGUCCAUUGAUCCUCCAGUCCGACAGAAAUGUCACUGUCAAUGCUAGGAAUGAUCAGGGACAACUGACUGGUCAGCUAACCGUGGGUUCAGAAAUGGUAGAGGCCCAGUGUCAGAGGUUUGAGGUGAGGAGUACAGAUGGAGAGAGAGUUCUGUUCUCUGCAGAUGAAGAAGAGAUCAGCAUCGGCACCGAGAAACUUAGAGUCACAGGGAAUGAAGGCGUGGUGUUUAGCCAUUCCGUAGAGACAUCACAUGUACGGGCAGAACCCUUCCAGGACCUAAAGCUGGAGUCCCCGACUCGAACCUUGACCCUGGAGGCCCCCAGAGGUGUGGAGGUCAAUGCUGGAGUGGGAGACUUUACAGCAUCCUGUAGGAAAGACCUCCUGUUGCAGUCUUCAGAAGGAGAGAUCUUUCUAGACGCCAACACCAUCAGGCUGGGCAACAUUCCCCUCGGCAGUGCUGUGGACCCCCUGGAGGGGGCGCCAGCUGGUACCACCUACACCAAACAGACUGUGUACGAGCUUUGUUCCUGCGCUAACGGCAAGCUCUACCUGUCCCCGGCUGAGAAAGGCUCUACCUGCCAAACCACCAGUAACUUUUGCCUCUGGAGCUGAAAGUGGGAGGUUGACAGACACUCGGGACAUAUGGACUAUUAGAGUUUGAAGCUAAAGCUAGCCAACAGACUGAAUCAACAUGGAUUAUGGCUUGGUGGGAAGCUAAUGCCAGCUAACAGACCGAAUCAAUAUGGAUUGUAGCAUGGUGAGAAGUUCAUAUCCGUUAACCAAUCGACUCAUAUGGAUUACAGCUCGGCAGGAAGCUAAUUCUUGCUAACAGACCAAUCAACGUGGACUGUGGCUUGGUGUGAAGCCAGCUAAAGGACUGACUCAACCUGGACUAGAGAUUGGUGAGAAGCUAUUGCCAGCUCAUUGACCAAAUAAUAUGGAUUGGUCAGCUAAUGCUGGUCAGGAGGAUGGAUGACUUGGUGGGAAGCAAAAGCCAACAAGGUUAGCUGGAGGGUUUGAUGCUAUGACUGCUCAUGAACAUGGAAGAACAGUCUCCCUCUGAGGCUCCCGUUGGCUGGCUUUGCCAUUGUUUAAUUGCUGCCAUGAUGGUUUCUGAAAGUCACAAGGAUUAUAUUUGGGGGUUUCCUGAGAACAACAAACUCUCUUACAAUAAAAAGUGAGUUGUGUGUUCACUGUAUGGCCAAAAUGUCCUGGAAAACACGCCCCCUUGCUUUUGUUAGGAUAAACAGAUCUGAUGAUGGACUGCAAACUCGCUGGCAGGGACACGGACAAGGACUCCGGGUUAACCUUUCAGUUGGCUAACAGACAUCAGUGUGGACCUUGGUUUAGCCCUCGGGUAACUAACAAGUAAAUCAGACAAUGGUUUAGUCUAGUGGGAAGCUAAGGCUAGCUAACGGACCAAUCUAUACCAGAAAGGCCUUCCCCCUCCCCCUCUAGUCUUUCAACCCAAACGUUGACGUGUGACCCUUCGACAUAAAUCUACACCUGGUAGUGAAAAUGCUCUCCAACCCCACUUUUCAUAGGAUAACUAAUGCAAAUAAAUGUUCUUCAAUCUUGCAUUCACCAGCUUUUUCCCGCAUAUAUUUUUGGCCUUUUUUUUUAUCUUUCCUUCAAAUCAAAUCUUUUACUUGAUUCUACUUCUCUUGAUAUCCUGUUCUUUUUACUUUCAACAUAUCUGUAAUCCUUUAUCUUGCCAUAUUUUGCUGCUGCUCUCCUUUAUCUUUUCUCUAUGCUCUAGUUAUUUUGGUUUGUCUAUGCAUCAAUUUGCACUGGACUGGUAAAGAAAAUGUAACUCUGCCUAUCCACUUUCUUCCACUGGUCUGGUUAAAAAAAACAGAAAACAUUGUUCUAUCUGCUUUCUUCCACUGGACUGGUUUUAAAAACAUUUUUACUAGACAUCACAGCUGUACCAGAUGCAGUUUCUCCGCCUCACAGUCUGUUCCCACAUAUUUUUGGUUUCCGUCUCUCUGGAGUCAUUCUAUCUGAGACAGAAAGCAAAUGGAAUAAUAAAAAGAAGUGGAAAGUGAGUUAAGUCUUAUGUUAAAUUAAGGCUGAGGUGGGUGCUAUAGCAGACCAAUCUUUUUAUGGUAUGGGGCCAAACCUCCAGUCAGGCAAUUGCCAGACCAAUUUUGGUCUUGCAAUGAAGUAUUAUACAUUUUCAUCCUGUGUUCCCUGUCUGUCAGACUUUUUAUUUCACCCUUUUUGCAUAACCUUUCUGCUCUUCUUGCCAAGACCUUGCUCUCCUCAGUCAUAUCUGUUUUCUGUGUCAUUGAGAGACAUUUCUGCUCUCUGUCUCUUUUCUUCCCUCUCUCCUACAGUAUUUUUACCUCUCAUUACUCCUUGCUCAGCCUCCUCACCACUCUCUAUUUUCUUUCCAGCACUUACAUUUCUCAUGAUUUCCUAUCUUCUUGUUUGUUGUCUCUUACCCAAUCACUCACCAAAUGGCAUAUAUUCAUAUUUUUUGUUUCUUUACUCUUUAAUCUCCCUUGGCCAUCCCAAACUCAAAUGUCAGGAAAAUGUCCCUUAGCCCUCACACUAUCCCCCUUUUCAAAAGUUCUGCAGCCUAAGCAUGAAAAGUAUAAAAAAUAUUAUUUUGGAGGUUAUUUUUUAUAUAUCAAUCAGUCUCAGAUGGGGGGGGUUCAAUGUGAAUGGCCUCGAGCUGGCUAACCUAGCGCCCCACCUCUGUGAUGGCUGGAAAUCAUAGGAAAUCAGCAAAUUUGCGUGGCAGAGAUCCCCCUGAAUGAAAUUAUGGAUGGAUUAUGGUUGCAUUUGUAUGGACUCAACUGGAUUAAGGCCCUGAGGCGUACUUUCUUUUUUUAAAACAAAGUGAUACACAGGUGCCUUUGCUGCUGUUGGUAAAAGCACAUCACAGUCUGAACGUUCACACUACCCUCAGUGGACCAUCUGCAAGUGUCUCUGGAAAAAUCUAUGUAUUUAUCAAUCUACCUAUCUAUCUAUUUAGUUUUCGGUCUUUUUCCUCCCCUUCUCUCCUGGUUUUGUAGAACUCUCAGUAUAUCCAGCUGAAAAAAGAACAAUUCAAACCUGGUUUAAAGUUUAAUUUUCUGAUGUGUUCCCUUAUGGUUUUAUUCUUGAUAAUAAAAAAGCA